GUGGUGGACCCGGCAGGGUCUACGAAGUUCCUUUCGUCCAUAUCCCAUACCAAACCAUAGUCUGCUACAGAAACUGCAGUACCAUGGAAAGUCAAACCAGCAAGCAAGAUGACAAGCCUCUAUCUUGCAAGGUUGCCGUGGUAACGGGUGCUUCAGUUGGAAUUGGUGCAGCCAUAUCCAAAAUGUUGGCAGCAGAGGGCGCUAGAGUCGUUCUAGUAGCCAGAAAAGAAAGGCCGUUAAUGGAGACAAAAGAAGAAAUCGAAAAAGAAGGUGGCGUUGUAGUAGCUUUGAAAUGCGACGUAACCAAUAGAAAUGAGGUCAAGGAAAUGAUAAAAAACGCAGAGAGCACAUUUGGUCCGGUAGAUAUUCUUGUCAACAAUGCCGGGGUGUAUUAUUUCACGUUCAUGAAAUAUGCCAAAGAAGACCAGUGGGAAGAAAUGGUUGACGUUAACAUUAAGGGUGUCCUAAAUUGUAUUGGAGCGGUAAUCCCUGAUAUGUGUGAUAGAAAAAGAGGCCAUAUUGUCAACAUAUCGUCUGCCACCGGACGAGAGGCCUUUAAAGGUGCGGCAGUUUAUGGUGGAACUAAACACUUUUUGGAGGGGAUGACACGAACGCUAAGACAGGAGGUGUGCCAGGAGGGGGUCAAGGUGACCAUAGUCCAGCCAGGACCAGUAGACACGCCGGGACUUACUGCAUGUCUAUCCAAUAUGGACGAUGAAUGUAAGAACCUCUAUGGUACUUUCGAGGAGGGGCCCAACCUUACUGCAUAUACUGCCGCAAGAGCUGUUAUAUAUGCUUUGAAACAGCCGACAGAUACAACAGUCAAUGAAAUGCUCAUCAUGCCACAAGAAUUUCCUAUUUAACUAAGUUAUACUAACUUACACAAGUCUAUGGUAAAUACAUUGAAUUCAGACAUUUAAUUCCUAAAACUUGGUAUGCCAGGAAAAGUUUGAGAAGUUUCCUUUCAUGGUUUGACAUUUGAAAAAAUAAAGUAUUGCACACUAGCUGUGA